AUAUAGUGAAUGUAGGGUCCGGGGAGACCAGAUAUAGCGAAUGCAGGGUCCGGGGAGAGCGGAUAUAGUGAAUGCAAGGUCCGGGGAGACUGGAUAUAGUGAAUGCAUGGUCCGGAAAGACCGGAUAUAGUGAAUGCAGGGGUCCGGGGAGACCAGAUAUAGUGAAUGCGGGGUCCGGGGAGACCAGAUAUAGUAAAUGCAGGGUCCGGGGAGACCAGAUAUAGUGAAUGCAGGGUCCGGGGAGAGCGGAUAUAGUGAAUGCAGGGUCCGGGGAGACCAGAUAUAGUGAAUGCAGGAUCCGGGGAGAGCGGAUAUAGUGAAUGCAGGGUCCGGG